UCGCUAGUGGAUGGUGCGGCAGGAGCAGCAAAGAGAGCGCAGUCUCCAGGAGGGCUUCGGCAGACCGUUAGGCUGUUCACAUCGUCUUCAGACAUGGCAAAGGAAGGGACUGAGAUUGCUGAAGAGACCGAGCAAAUGAUAGACCAGAAGGAGCCGGAUAAUCCCGUUUGUGCGGUUGUAGAUUCAAAAGAAAUGCGGGCUGUGGUGCUGACUGGCUUUGGUGGUAUAAACAAACUCAAAGUCACCAAGAGACCAAUGCCAGAGCCUCAGGGAGGAGAGGUCAAAAUUCGCGUGAAAGCAUGUGGGCUGAACUUUCUUGAUCUAAUGGUGCGUCAAGGAAAUAUUGAUAAUCCUCCAAAAACGCCUCUUGUGCCUGGAUUUGAGUGUUCUGGGAUUGUAGAGUCUGUGGGAGAAAACACCAAAGGCUUUGAGAUAGGUGACAGAGUGAUGGCCUUUGUAAACUACAAUGCUUGGGCAGAGGUGGUGUGCACACCGUUGGAUUUCGUGCAUAAGAUCCCAGACGACAUGACAUUCCCAGAGGCGGCUGCCUUCUCUAUGAACUUUGUGGCUGCCUACAUGAUGCUGUUUGAAGUGGCCAAUCUCCGGGAGGGGAUGUCUGUAUUAGUUCACUCCGCAGGAGGUGCGGUGGGUCAAGCAGUCGCUCAACUUUGUUCCACUGUCCCGAACGUCACUGUGUUUGGGACCGCCUCACCCUUCAAGCACGAAGCCAUAAAGCAUUCAGUCACUCAUCUGUUUGACAGAAACAUCGACUACGUUCCGGAAGUUAAGAAGAUAUCUCCAGAUGGAGUAGAUAUUGUACUGGACUGUUUGUGUGGAGAGAACACAGGAAAAGGCCUAACUCUGCUCAAGCCCAUGGGAACGUACAUCCUGUAUGGUUCAUCAAACAUGGUGACAGGAGAGACAAAAAGUUUCUUCAGUUUUGCUAAAUCUUGGUGGCAGGUUGAGAAGGUGAACCCUAUCAAACUCUAUGAGGAGAAUAAAGUCAUAGCCGGAUUCUCGCUCCUGAACCUCCUCUUCAAGCAGGGAGGGUGCAACCAAGUCAAAACAGCAGUGCAAAAACUUCUUUCCCUUUACGACCAAAAGAAGAUCAAGCCUGUUGUUGAUUCCUUAUGGGCACUUGAGGAGAUGGCCAAUGACAGCACAGAGACCAGUGAGGCAGGCGAGGAAGAAGAGGAGCAAGAGGGAGACAAUGACAACAAAGAGCGAAUGCCCUUCAUUCAGUGA